CACCAGCGGGACGUCAUAUCUCUUUUUUUCUCCCCGUCCGUCUCCGUUCUUCAUACCUAGAAUUUUUUGUCACCUCUUCAUGUUUGGGAGCACAGCAUCGCCCAGCCCCAGCGCACAUACAACAGUAUUUCUUCUGCAUUUCCAUACCCCCAAAGUCCGAACCCCCGAGGGCUCUCUUAUCGAUCCGACGACAGCGGCGCGCGGCACGCGGCCCCUCCAACAAGACCCCUGACCUGAUCCGACUCGUGUCUCGCAAUCCCCUUCCCCCAACCGCCGACCGCGCGCGCUCGUCAUCGUAUCGCCGCCACCACAACCACCGCCACCUUCGCCGCCGACUUGCGUGCCUGCGACCGCCUACCUACCUACCUAUUUGUCUGCGCUCGCUCGGGCAUCAAGCAACUCCUCGCCAUGCCUCUCCUCGGCAAAGGAAACAAGUUUAAGGUCAACCAGCCCAAAAUCCGCAUCGACAAGGUCGUCGUGGAGCGCCCUCCGCAGUCCAAGCCGAAGCCCCGUCCCGCCGCCGCCACCUCCUCCUCUUCUGCCCGGUCCUCCCCCGUCACGGGCCACCGACCCUCGCCGAAACCCUCCUCCUCCUCGUCCGCUGCCGCCGCCCGGAACAAGAGCCACUCGCCGUACCCCUCGUCCUCGGACGAGAGGCGCCUCGACCGCAAGCGCAAAGCCGGUCGCGACGGUAGCGGCGGCGCCCUAUCCCGGCCAUCGCCCGUGAGCGAUCGCGUAGCCUUCGACAAGGACAGCGACAAUGAGGAUGAUGGUUGGAUGAACCUCGACACUCGCAAGCGGCAGCGCAGGGGUACAGCCGACGGACGGUUUGUCGACCCGAAUCGCAAGUUGCGCAAUGCACGGGCGUUUGAGGGCCGCAACGAUGAGCUCAAGUUCAUACACGCUACCGAGGUGGCGUCGCUCGAGUCCAAGUGCGUGCCCGUCAUGGGCGCGCAGAAGGAGGACGUGGCAAUAGAGCUGCAGUACCCCAGUCUGCAGCCGCGGGAGAGAUUUGAAUUGGUUUGGGCCAAGGACAAGAUCGACGCCGUCGAGGCGAGCAUACGCAUAGUACGCCAUGUAGCCGAGACGUACCUCACAGACGAGGAGGCCGAGCCCUUCACCAACCAGAACACGGGCCUGAUACGCCGGCUAGAGAAGGCAUCGAACCGCAAUAUACAGGACCUCGCUGGAUUCAAGUCGGCGCUACACGAAUACAACGAGACUCUCCUCGGCCUCGUCGAGGACGGCGUCAUCGCAAAGAACCUAGACAACAUGCACGAGCUGCCCCGCAACCUCGUCGCCUUCAUCCUGGAUCAGGUGUACGACCGAACCGUCGCCCCCAAGGUCGAGCUCCUGUCCAAGUACGAGAAUGGCACCGAUUAUGUGUACGGCGAGCUUCUGCAUCCCUUCAUCUCCAAGAUACUUGUCGAGCAGACCAAGAUGACGUCGGACCAGGUCUUUGUAGACCUAGGGUCGGGCGUGGGCAACGUGUGUCUGCAAGCGGCGCUCGAGAUUGGUUGCGACAGCUGGGGUUGCGAGAUGAUGGAGAACGCUUGCAACCUGGCCGAUGCGCAGGUGGACGAGUUUACCUCGCGAUGCAUGCUCUGGGGAAUUCGCCCGGGCAAGGUCCACCUCGAACGUGGCGACUUUCGAAAAAAUAGUAUCAUCCAUGACGCGCUCAAGCGCGCCGACGUGGUGCUCGUGAACAACAAGGCCUUUACGUCGCAGCUCAAUGAUGACCUGGUGCGCAUGUUCCUGGACCUCAAGCCGGGGUGCAAGAUCAUCUCGCUGCGGUCUUUUGUGGCCGAGUUCAAGAGCAGCCACAAUGUCAACGAUGUCGGGAGCACCAUCCUCGACGUGGAGGAGUGCUCGUACCCGGAAGGAUACGUGAGCUGGACCAACGCUGGGGGUCCGUACUUUAUCUCAACACGUAAAUAGCUACGGCGACCAUGUUAGCAUUCAGGACUGUUUGGGUACUACGGGGUGUCGGUUGCAUGAGACACGGAUAGCGAAUAAGAUACGCACUUGAUCUGCCAG